AUGCUAAGUAUUAAUUUGGUUAAUUAUGUGACAAAAAGGGGAAUUUUCCGAACUAAUACUUUCUCAAAUAUGAUGCUUAAAUUUUUAAGUCCAAAAAGAGAAUUAUUUUUAAGAUUACCACCAGUAUGCCAAAAUGGAGGAUCUGGUUACUUUUUAAUAAAGGCAUUGAUCCAAAGUAAAUUGAGUAGCAAUAGGAGCAGGAAAAUCCCACAUAGGAAAACUAUUGAAGUUAAUAACAAAGAAAAUGCCAAUUUUAAUACCCAAAAUGAAAGGCCAAAAUUUAACAGGUUUUUUAUUUCAAUACUUGGAAUUUCAGGCCUUGGAUUAUUUGCGAAGAUGAAGUAUGAGGAAUUUAAAAACACCAUAACUCUUCAGGAAUUUGUGAAUUUAUACUUGUCUAAAGGUUAUGUUGAGAAAAUUCAAGUUAAUCAUGAAAGAGGUAAAGCUUAUUUGAAAGAAAAUAUGAAUGUAAAUAAUUCAAAUGCCAAUAUAAUUUACUUUAGUAUUGGAGAUAUUUCUUCAUUUGAAAACAAAAUCAAAGAAGUACAAAACUCAAUGGGUAUUAAUACAUUGAACUUUGUUCCAAUAGAAUACUCUCAUUUAAUAUCUUUGAGAAAAGUUGUGAAUGAUUUACUUCCAACAGCAAUUGGAAUUACUAUUGCCAUAUUAUUAUUAAGAACUUUCUCAAAAUCCAUAAGUAAUUCAGCUUCUGACAGAUUAAUUAAGUCAAAUUAUUCAAGUUUUAGCCAAGUUAAAAAUAUUAACAAGAAUGUUAAAUUUAGUGAUAUUGCUGGAAUGAAAGAAGCCAAACAAGAAAUAUAUGAAUUGGUGGAAUUCUUAAAAGAUCCCAAAAAAUUUCAAGAUCUUGGUGCAAAAAUACCAAAAGGUGCUCUACUAGUAGGACCACCAGGUACCGGCAAAACAUUACUAGCAAAGGCUGUUGCUGGUGAAGCUAAUGUACCUUUUUUUUAUAUUUCUGGAAGUGAUUUUAUUGAGAUUUUUGUUGGAAUGGGAGCCAGUAGAGUAAGAGAACUAUUUUCACAAGCAAGAAAGUUAUCUCCAAGUAUUGUUUUUAUUGAUGAAAUUGAUGCAGUUGGGAGAAAACGUGCUAGAGGAGGUGGAUUUGCUGCUUCAUCUAAUGAUGAGAGGGAAAGUACUCUUAAUCAGAUUCUUGUUGAAAUGGAUGGCUUCACGGAAAAUAAUGGAGUAAUAGUUUUAGCAGGAACUAAUCGUUCUGAUGUUUUAGAUCCUGCAUUAACAAGGCCAGGAAGAUUUGAUCGGAUUAUUAAUAUAGAAAGACCAACUCUUGAAGAACGUAAAGAAAUUUUUAAAAUUUAUUUAGAUCCCUUAAAGUUGGAUGAAAAGGUGAGUAGAGAUGAACUAAUUAAAUAUCUUGCUUGUUUAUCUCCAGGUUUUGUUGGAUCAGAAAUCAAGAAUUUAUGUAAUGAAGCUGCAAUACACGCAGCAAGACGUGGAAGUAAUUCUGGAGUUGAGCUGAUUGAUUUUGACAAAGCAUCUGAUAGAAUUAUUGGUGGAGUAAAAAAGCUGGAUGGAUAUCUUUCACCUAAAGAAAAGAAAAUUGUUAGUUUACAUGAAUCUGGCCAUGCAAUUGCUGGUUGGUAUUUAAAACAUGCUGAACCUGUUUUGAAAGUUUCCAUAGUCCCAAGAACAGGAGGUGCUUUAGGAUUUGCUCAAAUGGUACCAAACGAAUUAAGACUUCUUUCUAAAGAAGCUUUGCUUGAUAAAAUUGCUGUUUUAUUAGCAGGAAGAGCUUCUGAAGAGCUUUACUCAGAAUCAAUUACUACAGGUGCGUAUGAUGAUCUUCAAAAAGCUACUAUGAUUGCUAAUUCAAUUAUAACUUUAUAUGGAAUGGACCCUCAAAUUGGAUUAACAACUUUUAAUUCAAAUAUGAAUAUUGAUGAAUCUUCAAAUUCAAAUAAUGGUGGUAAUUACUCUUUAUAUAAACCAUAUUCUGAGGCCACAUCGCAAACUAUAGAUACUAGAAUACAGAAAAUUAUUCAUGACCAGUAUUCUCGUGUUAAGGAAUUAUUAAUUUCAAAAAAAGAGCAGGUCCAUAAACUUUCCGAUUUACUUUUAAAUAAAGAAACUGUUACUAAUGUAGAUAUUACUGAAUGUAUUGGUCCAAUGCCUUCAAAAUCAAUAUAA